AUGAUGAGUGAAACUCAGAGUCAAAGAGGGGUGCGUUAUUUACAGAUACUUAUUGUCAGUCUAUUGCUUUUUAUCAGGAUCGCUUCGCCUCAGAUUCGGUACACUGUUCCAGAGGAAGUGAGAAUUGGAACAGUUGUUGGAAAUGUUGCAAAGGAUCUUGGCCUUGACGUCUCCACAUUAAUCGAGCGACGAUUCCGUGUAAUCCCUGGAUCUAAGGACAGUUUUUUUCAAGUAAACCAGAACAAUGGAGCUUUGCAGGUUCUUGAGAAAAUCGAUAGAGAGGAGCUGUGUCACGGUAGUGGAGCAUGCUUAAUGGAGUUAAAAAUCCUGGUGGAGAAUCCUUUGGAAAUGCACCACGUAAUUGUAGAAAUUACCGAUGUAAACAAUCAUUCUCCAACUUUUUCCGAAAAAAACCAGACGUUUGAAAUAUUUGAACAAACACAACCGGGACGGAGAUUCCAGCUGCUCAGCGCUCGUGACCCUGAUGCUGGAAUAAACUCUAUUCGGAGCUACACCAUCACGCCAAAUGAACACUUCGACCUUGAUAUCCGUGACAGUGAUGAAGACAAAACACCGUUUUUAGCGCUCAAAAAGUCCUUAGACAGAGAACAGAAAAGCAAGCACAUAUUAAUUUUGACGGCAGUUGAUGGAGGCAAACCUCCCAAAACAGGAACCCUAAAUGUUUCCAUUAUUGUUUUGGACAGUAACGACAAUCGACCAAUAUUCAGUCAAGAGAUUUAUCAAACUGAAAUACAAGAGAAUGUACCAAUUGGAACGUCAGUAUUCAAAAUAAAUGCGACGGAUGCUGAUGAAGGCGCCAAUGGUAAAAUUGAAUACAGCCUUGGAAAAACACUGAAGAAAAUAGUAUAUGAGACGUUUGAGCUAGACCAAACAACUGGAAUAAUACGAAUAAAAGGAGAAGUAGACUAUGAAGAAAACGACGUUUUUAAACUCGACGUUGAGGCGUCGGAUAACGGCACACCACCUUUAUCAGGGGAGUGCCGCCUCAUCAUAAAGGUAAAAGACGUUAAUGAUAACGCACCAGAAAUAGAAAUAACAUCAUUGUCGAACACAGUUCGUGAAGAUUCAAAGCCUGGUACUGUCAUUUCACUGCUGAGUGUGACAGACAAAGAUUCUGGUGCAAAUGGAAAAAUAAUAACGAGCAUAACUUCAGAAGUACCUUUUGAACUGAAACCGACUUAUAAGGAAAACAUAUAUUCAAUUGUAACAAAAAGAUCAUUAGAUCGAGAGGAAAUGCCACAAUAUGAAAUAAGUAUAAAGGCCACUGACUGUGGAGAGAGCCAAUUAUCUGCGUCCAGAAUACUCAACAUUCAGGUAGCAGAUGUAAAUGACAACAGACCACAAUUUUGGCAGAAUCCAUUACACUUCUACCUGUCAGAAAACAACGCAGCGGGAAAGUCAAUAUUUUCUGUCAGUGCAACAGACAAAGAUAUUAACGAAAAUGCAGUUAUUUUAUACCACAUUGUCAGAGUAGGAGGUGAACAAGGCAGAUCGUCUUACAUAAAUGUCAAUUCAGAAAAUGGUGAAAUAUCCGCCCAGAAAAGUUUUGACUUUGAGACUCUGAAAACUUUCCAGUUCCAAGUUGUUGCCACAGAUUCUGGAACUCCGCCACUCAGCAACAACGUGACAGUCAACGUGUUCAUUCUGGAUCAAAACGACAACGUUCCAGUCAUCCUCUAUCCACUCAGCUCCAACGGCUCUGCUGAAGGUGUGGAGGAGAUUCCCCGCAAUGUCAACGCAGGACACCUGGUGACUAAAGUCAGAGCCUAUGACGCUGAUAUAGGAUAUAACGGCUGGCUGUUGUUCUCACUGCAGGAAGUUACUGACCACAGUCUCUUUGGUUUGGACCGCUACACAGGACAGAUCAGGACACUUCGUUCAUUCACAGAGACAGACGAGGCUGAACAUAAACUGGUCAUCCUGGUCAAAGACAAUGGGAAUGUCUCACUGUCAGCAACAGCGACUGUGAUUGUCAAACUUGUGGAGCCCAAAGAGGCCUUUGCAGCUUCUGAUGUGAAAAGUGCAGCAAAAGUAGAUGAGGAGGACAAUGUUACAUUUUAUCUGAUGAUAACUCUGGGAGCUGUAUCUACACUUUUUCUGAUCAGCAUCAUUGUGCUGAUUGCAAUGCAGUGCUCCAAAUCCACGGACUACACUUCGAAAUAUCUGCAAGAAACUAAUUAUGAUGGAACACUGUGUCACAGCAUUCAGUACAGAUCUGGAGAUAAACGAUAUAUGCUAGUUGGGCCCAGAAUGAGUGUUGGAUCUACAAUUGUUCCUGGCAGUCACGCAAAUACACUGGUGCUCCCAGCCAGGAGGAGGGUAUCUGAAGAGGUAAGAUGA